AAUACGGUAGCAAAUGGGGUCGUCUAUCCGACGUGCAAGAGGGGAAAUUAGAAGAGUUGAGGAAAGAAGUCGACGACCUCGAGAACGAACAGAGGCAAAUUAACAUGCGGCUAAAAUCCAUAGAACAAUCCGCUAUGGCCAGUCCUGAAGAGCGCAAGAUAGAGCAAGAUUUGCGGGAUAAGAUGUCGCAGCUGAAGGACAUGAACACUCUGCUGAAGAAACUGGAUUAUGGCAAACAAGUGUGAAAAAAAAUAAACAAUGACAAUGCUGCUCAAUCUACUCACAUCCAGGUUGUUCACCCUCUAACAACCAACUAAGCGUCGUCAACUAGCAUCAGCGAACACUGCUGCAGCUCGUAAAGAGCUCAAAGCUGUGAUGGCCCAGAAGGAGCAACUAGUCGUGGUGCUGCAGGCUGAAGAAAGAUUAAGACUCGUCACUGCUCAUAUUCAUCUUCUUCUGAAGCACGACCCUCAAGCUCAAGAGUCUUGUGGUCAUUGUCCUCAAGAGGAAAAGGGGAACAAAAGGAGAACUACAGGCUGCUUGUUGUUCUCAAGAUGUAAUAAUGUGUUAGGGUGAGCGCUUCUAAUAAGACAGGCAAAGACACUCGAAGAAGACUUGAUGGAUGCGAGAAUGCAGAGGGAUAUGACAGGUUCUACGCAGUUCCGAAUGCAAUUGAUGGCGAAGUUGAAGUUAUGAGUGAGAUUUUCAAGCGUUUUGAACGUCACGUUGCUAGUUGCAGAAAUUAUACAUAGUGAAGAUUUUUAAAAAUCUAGUGCUUUGUGUUUGUUUUGAGUUUUCAAUCCCCUCUAUCAAAAUGAUUUGACCACGUGGAGGUAUAAGAAGUAGCAUGCCAUGACAUGACGAUGACCACCACCAUCAUCUCCUCAAUCUUGACUCAUCUAACUCCCGGCCAGAUCGCUGCCGCCGAAAACGUAGGAGCCCAAAUGCAAGCCGAAAUCGACAGGAAAGAUGUCAUACUGCCAGAACACAAGAAAGCCCUCGAGAAGCAUCUCGCACACUAUGAAGAGCUCAAAAAAGAAUAUCGGCGCUUGGAACUGGUUGCUCCUGGUUUCUUAAAUAGGGACAAGUCGGGGAAUGUUGUGAGCUCUACGACAUUGGCAGAACAAAGUCAAGAACGCAAAGACGUCGCUGCGGCUGCGGAGAAAGAAAGACAGACUAUGAGCAGCUUCUUCUACUACUAGAUAAUCAGAAUUACUGCUUUCAGAAAAGUACCCGAGUACUGCUACUUUGCGGUGUCUGAUAAGCACUGUCAGUCAAGUACAAACUCAAACUCUUUUUCGUCUAACCCAAAGCAACUGAAAAAGAAGGGAAGGAGUGACGCGGAUGCGGAAGACAGUGACACAGCUGACAUGGACCCCAGUGUUGAAAUGCUGUUUGGUCUAAAACUUGUGGAUGACGAAGCCUGGCCUCCAAGAAUAGCAGGUUUUGCGACUUCCAAGUAUGUUAAGGCCUGUUACUCGUAUUAAUCAUCAUGUUGUUCAUCUUAAACUUAACAAGCAUCUUAAUCUCUGAGGAGGUUCUAAGAAGGGGAAUAUGGUUAUUAAAGAUGCGCUUCAAGAUGAGUAUGUAGAGCUAUGCUGCAUGGGAAAGCUCUAAAUACAAAGCCUUCUGGAGUCACUGUAAAUUGCGGAUCGGCGACUUCUUUAUGGGCAUUGGGACGGACGCUGGGGAAAUCAAUCCGACUGGGAAUUUGAAUAAGUUGUGGACGCCAGACCAACAUGAAAAUAGUUUAACUAGUCAGUAAUUAUAGUGUCCUUGGACCAGUUGUAGUUCGAGGCAGGAAGUGCUAGUUGGUUGAUUACUAGUUGUACGGAGAAGGGAAUGUUCGAUACAUCGAAGUAGUUCUCUUCUAAAUGAUGUUGAAUCAGAGAAGUUUCUGAAUGAAAUGAACCAGUGUCGUUUCAUCUAACUGAAGAUGAACCAGCUGGAGAGUUCUUGUUUCCUCAGCAUUUAUAUGCGGCCACAUUCGAGCGUAAUUGAUUUCUGUUACAAUGAGGUUUUUAAUACUUAUAAAUAUAAAGAUUGAUUAAUCCACUAAAAAUCUAUCGUCUAGAACUUGUGCAUUAUUUAUGCGGCCACAGACAGUUUCCUCGUCCUCUAAUUCCCGCCGCCUGCGACCCUUUGCUCAAGCUCGUCUCCUUGAUGACAGCGGAUAUUCGUCCGAUAUACAUCGAGCGACGACGCAUCCGCAGGGAUGAGAUGGUGGUGAUCUUCAAGAAGGAAAACGAAUCAAAAUUGAAUAAAGCAGCGAAAAAGGGAUUGGAGCUGAAGCAAUUGACAGAGAGAGCAGGAAAAAAGGCCAAAUGCUUUGAGAAGUUAGGUCUUUUCUUCGUUCCAGACAAGGAUCAUCCAGUUCGGGUCUUGAAAGACGCCCACCACGCCGAAUGGUGGACCGCGCAAGGGGUUCAACCUGGUGCGCAGCUGGUGGACGUAAAUGGGCAUAAUGUGGAAUUUCUGAAUUACAUUAUGGCUAUCAAAAACAGAGGACAAGUAUGUUUUUACUCUCUCUCUUUUCGCACUCCUGAAGAUGUCAUGUUGGUAGAGGAUUUUAAUUUUUCAAUUCAAGCGAAAUACAAUUGACACGAGUAGUUGUAGAUGAAGGGUAACAAAUUUUUAUUUUUUCACCACGAGAUGCAUCUAAUCCCAAACUGUUUGCUGACCGUCUUGGCGCAUUAUUUAAGACGAUGCGGCCUUUGACUUUGGUUUUCCGGACUAAGGAUGUGAAUCAGCAAACGGUAGUGGCGGAUUAUAUGCAGAGAGAAGCCACUAUCAUGGAAACCCAGAAAUUCAAGCUGGACGGCACGCAUCAGAUCGCAAAUCAAUUGUUAUGAUUUUGCCGGAAUAACUUGAAUUUGAUUUGGCUCGUAAGUAAGUACUUGAUUUGAAGAACUGAGGUGAAGAUUCAAGAAUAACUAAGUACUACUACUUGAUGUCUAUCAAAUUGAAGAGCUGAACAAGUGAAGAGCUUCUAUCAUGUAGUAGUUUUCGACUCACUAGUCAAAGCCCCUCCAACGCCUCACUAGUUGCUAAGUAAAUACACUUGCUAAAAGUUUCUGACCCCCUAGUGUUUCAUUCUCCCGCACCAAAAUGCAAGCAGCCAGUGUGAAUUGGCCCGAAGUUUACCUCUCCAUGCGUCGCAUGAGUUUCCGACCUAUGCGUUCUCGCGCUUUGCACCUUCAGGGGGCUACCUCGCAAAUGGCUCUUGCUAGCCGUCAAGAAAGUCGUACACGAGCUGGCAGUCAGGCUGCAGCUCAGGGAUUGGCGAGGCGACGUUUACCAGGUGGCCUAGAAGAAGAAAUCAUGAAGGACUCUGCUGGUCACGCAAACCAUAGUCGCUGGAAACGAGUCAGCUUGUUUCGUGGAGAACGGCCUGUUGGCCACGUUUUGAUGUCUGCCAGGAUAUUGUACAAAGACAUGCGACCCCACCGAUUAUACCCAAAUGCAGUUCCUGCAUUAUUUGAGUCUCAGAGUUUACGGCAGUUGAUGGCCAAAGACGUGCCACCCAGCAUCAGAGUUCGGAUCUACGUUGUGCGAGCAACUAGCGUUGGGACAGGACUGAGGCCGCACUUGUUCUUUAGAUUUGGGUCUACUGUGAAAAAAUACGAACCAUUGCAAACGGAUAUCUUAAGGCGAGAAGUACUGUAGAUUUAGAUUUAUCCACAUGAGUCCCGGAACGGUGUCUCUGUCAAUGAUGCGAAGGAACGCUGUCUCUGUCAGGGAUGCGAAGGAACGCUGUCUCUGUCAGGGAUGCGAAGGAACGCUGUCUCUGUCAGGGAUGCGAAGGAACGCUGUCUCUGUCAGGGAUGCGAAGGCGGUAGCUCUAAAUAUCCAGGAGCAUAACGCAGCUGACUUGGGCCGCACUGGUGUGAUGUUCUACAGAUUGGAAGAACAUGAUGUCACAUUCCCUGUCGAAGGACAGGUGGAAAUUGGGCUAUAUUCGAGCUAUUCCAAUGUGCCUCUAGCCCAAGCAUGGCAAGACACAGUGGCUGGGACAGCGGGAUCGCAACAACAGAAGUUGGCGGCGGCUUAUUUACUAGCAAAUGUUAAGGCUUCCGCCCAGGCCCAGGCAUGCUCAUUCUGCUCCUUAUUGACCCUGUUAUUUUCUAUUUGUGAAAAGGGAAGAUCAACAUCAAUUUAAGGGUUUACUCGUCAGGCAUGCUAACGCGGUAGCAGCUCUAAAAAGGGAACUGGCGGAAAGAACCAGCGUGCUGGUGGCAAUGCUAUUGAUGAGAACAGUUUCAUAGGCAGUACUGUCAUAGACCUCCAGGAACGAUGGGCUAGUCCUGAGUGGCAGAAGUUGAAUCAAGAUGGAACCGGUCAAGUUCCAAUAGAGCGCCGCUCUCUGUGGUCUCUAGAUGGCACCCAGAGACGAGGUGGGGUGUUAGAGAUGUGGUUAGAGAUGAUCGAUACAGAAAGGGCUAGCGUUGUGCCGCCAGCGACGUUACAUUAAGAGACUGAAACGAUUUAAGUACAAAAGUAUAGUAAAAACUGAAACAGUAGAAAAUCUGUAUACCGUUGUACUACACAUCAUCGUUGUUCGUCACUCUAUCCUUCCUUACUUAGCAGUUACUAGCUCGUAGUGUCUAUGUCUAAUCUCCACCCCCUCCCGCUUCCGAAGUCGAGAUUCGUGUCGUCGUCUGGACUCUCAGCGACAUCACGAUGAUGGUUUUGGAGCAAGAACGCGGGGAACCUACUGACUCCGCUGACUUAACCGUCAAAGGAACUUUUGACAGUCUUAAUUUUCUUAAGGCUUUAUCCGAAUCCAUCCUUUUCUGGUGCAUUCUGAAGAGUUGCUCCUGUCUCAUGAGAAAAAAAUGGGCCCAGGAUGCUGCUCGCGACCAUCUUCAGAGAAGUCAUCCUAGGAGAGAGGCUUUUCAAGGGGAAAGGGGACGGUCAUCGAUGAUGUACUAUCAACCUACUCAAGAUGAUGGAGGAAUUAUAUUUUUACAGCUCACGGUGAGCUGGAGCUCAUCUAAUUUCCGUGGAAACCAGCCUAAGACCCAAACUACGGAUACCCAUUUCCUCUCCACGGGGUUCGCGGAGUAUAAUUGGCGCUUUGUUUUUUCAAACGUGUGGGUGCGAGAUGGUUUUCCACUGGAGGCGGAAUUGCAGAUCGGACUCUUCAAUUCGCGGUUUUUGUUAUGUUGAUGUUGCUUUUUGAAGAGUGUUCGGUUUACACUACACCUAGUUGUACUUACAUAAGAACGCAGACGCACCUCCUCUUGCUAAACGACCGAGUACUACAUAAGAACGCUCUUCCUCUUGCUAAACGACCGAGUACAUAAGAACUACGCACCUCCUCUUGCUUCUAAUCCCCAGUGCAGACUUUUUGAUGGGAGAAACGACACUCGACUUGAGGCAGUACAUAACCUAUGUUGCUCAUGAAAAUAAGAAGAUAGAGCUCAAUGCGGAAGUCCCCAUGGCAAAUCAGGGUUUGGGCAAUAUAUUGGCUUCCCAACGUGCACAGAAAGAAGCAUUGGCUGAUCAAUUUUAUGGUUUCAUAUUGCGGUUGUAAGAAGUCAACGAGAUUGAUGAAGAUCACAUCAAGGUUUACUGUGCAUCCCAAUCUACUGAUCUCGAAGAACAAAGAAACAACUACAAGUCUAGCACAAGAAACACCUUGUCCUUCGUCUAAGAACCACGACAAUUCGGUCUCACUGGAAAGGACCCUGGCGGCUCCAAUCGUAGAGCGGAAGCCUUGAUGCGGGCUAGGCAACUGAAGAAGAAGCAGUCGGCGGACCAACUCGUGGAACGUUUGUUGACGGAAAUGGAUCAGGAGAAUGAAGCACUACGAAAUGCAGGAGACGCGGAGAUCAGGGCUGAGCGGCUACCUCCUGUCGCCAAAAUGUUUGUGCAGAUUCAAAUUCUACCCCAAGGAGAAGCCUCCCAAACAGAAAAUAAAGUGGGACUCGGUAAAAAUGUUGAACAACUUGUAUUAGAGUAGUUUAUAGACGCUGGGCGGCUGGGCACGCUGGGCUACGCUGGGUGGCUGGGCGGCCUCGCUGGGCACGCUGGGCGGCAACGCGGGGCACGCUGGGCGGCAACGCUGGGCACGCUGGGCGGGCGCUUGGAUAGCGCUUAGCGGACUUGAGGGCCACACAUUGGGUAUGCCGAGCCUGCGCGGCCGAUGUAUGUGCUUGCGCCGCGGGGACGCGGUGCACCGCGUCCCGCGAGGACAAAGAAAGGCGGCGCGCCGCCUUCAAGGUUCAGGGCAGUGCUGCGCCAGUUUGCGCAGCAGCGGGCUGCGCGGCGCCUGCUCUGUUCAGGCUUGCACUCCGUCGCGCUGCACUGCCACUGCGCUGGUCGAUGCGUGCAAUGCUGCGCCGCUCUUGUGCACAACGGUAAACUCGCCAGCGUCGUCAGCCUUGGCCUACGCUAGACUAGCACUACUGGCGGGGUUCUCAAGCGGGCGCCCGAAGGGCGCCCCGCAAUUGAAGACGCCCAGCGUGACGCUGGGCGCAGAAUUCGGAAGAUCUGGCACAUUUGGGUCGCCCAGCGACCCAGUGUGCCCAGCGUGCCCAGCCCAGCCAUGUUGGGAACCCUUAUAAACUGUUCUAUUGUAUGUAUUGAAUGUAUGAUGCUUGCUUUUCUAAAUUAAGUAUUCGUUACAACUCGUUCUAAAAAGUACCUCAAUUUCAAAUUCUAUAGUCUUUUAAGGUGGACAUCUUCAGCGCAUAGGAAGCAAAUCCUCGAUCACCUGAUCUUCCAGGCCGCGAAGAGCCAAACCGCGAUCCUCCUUUACCUUUCCCUACUACGGGCCGAAGCUGGGAGUCAGUGCUGCCUAGUACAGCUGCUGCACUCGAAGCUGCUUCAGAUCUCUACCAAGCUCUCACCGGAACUGCUUGUCGUUGCAUCUACUUGGUUGGCUUUCUUUAUGACGGCUGUCUUUCCAAUGUAGUUCUUGUGAAGAAUAUUUUCUAUUUAGGCUGAUCGACGUUCUUCAUCUAUGACUUAAUGGUUAGUAGCGCUAGCGGCUGCGUCUGCAGCAAUUGCCUUCAUCAUUUAGGCUGGCCCUUCGACCACUAUCAUCAGUGAAUAAGCAAGGUGGAUGCUGUACAGCUGAAUGAAGUAGAUCAUUUGUUUAACCUCUUCUAACCUAAAAUAAUCGUCGGUCUCUGGAGCUUUUUGUACGACAUGUGGGGUUGCCGCCAUGUCCUUCAGACCAGCUGCUGUGAAGGCGCAUGCGGAGGAUGCUCCUACGUCUGCGAUAGCUCUGCUACCGAAUUGCCCACCAGGUUAUAUGGUAUGUGCUACUGGAUUUGGACCUCGGGAGCUGAUGUUACUACUUUUUAUGGCCACGGAUGUAUCAUAUUCUGUUAAGAGGAGUACUAGACAAGAAGAAUGAUCAAGGAUUUCCUGCAUGGAUGUAAAUCAUGAUCCAUAUAGAAUUUAUAUCCUCACGUUGGAUGAUCAGGAUCAAUUAUACUACGCUACUCUAAAUGUAAUAAGAUCAAAAGAUGUUGCCACGACGAAGUAGUACUCAUGCAAGUUAUUCUUACAGAAAAUUUUCUAAGUUUUCUGUGGUCAGCAGUGUGGCGGAAACUGCAAUGUAGAGCCGAUUUGUGCCAGCGACUGCAAAGAGAUCGAGACGAUCGCAGGACUGACAAGAUCUUUCUAGACGUUGGCAAAACUACUGAGGACGCAUGCUAAUCCCUAAGAUGAACUGUUCAGGUCGAAUAUUCAGACCAGAUUCUGUAGCAUGCAUGCAAAGUUACUCAUACUCGUCCUACACUAUGAAUAUGUUGAAGAUGUUACACUAGAAUAGAUUCUACUGAUUUUCAAGUAAACAACGAGCUGUAAAUUAUGACCCAAGAGUAAGUAGUCUAUACUUCCUUAUCAUGUCCAGAACGAAAAAAACCAUUGCAGACGCAUGCGUAACAACUAUGACGUCGUAACGAAGAUGAACAGUCUGAGAAACCUAAGAUUAACUUGAUGGAAAUUUUCGAAGAAAAAGAAACUACAACGACUACAGGCUGAC